AAACGUAAAUCAGUGCUUACACUAUGAAACUUUUGAAAUUCUCUGCUGUGGUGGCUUUCGUCGUCUUUGUGAAGGCAAGCGACUUGGACGAUGCUCGUAAAAUCCUGGAUUGUGCUCAAAAGGCACUGAAGAUUGGAGUCCCUGAAUUGGAUUUACCAAGUUACAAUCCCCUACAUUACGAUAAAGAUAUACGAUAUUUUAAUGAUCUGACGAGCGAGCUUUACUUUUUAUACCACAAUACCCAAAUUUCUGGAAUUCCAGAUUGGCAAGUCAAAGAAAUAAAGCAGAUAAGUCAAGAUAGUGAUACAUUUGCGGUGUUUAAUUUUAGUUUAACCUUUCCACAGUUUAAUGCGACUAGUGACUUCGAACUUAAUGUAACUAAUUUCUUUUUCCAAACUGAGUAUACUGGAACACAGACGCUUAAACUAUUCACCAAUGAAUGGACUGGUUCUAUUAAUGUCACCAAACCGAACCAAGACACUCCUGAACAAAUAAAUGAUCUUCAAAUCAGUUGGCGUGCACAACGUCUCUUGCCUAUUAUACACGCAAAACCAGCAGGCAUGGACGAUCUCUUCGAAUCUGUAUUUAACUACACCAUUAUGACAGACCUUAGCAAACCGAAUACAUUUGUUGGUGAUUUUCUUCAAGAAAAACUUAAUACAGAUUGGUGGCUCAACGGAAAAAUAUGGAAACUAGUACAAUGGUGUCAAGAUAACGAGUAUAUAUAAAUGUCGAUAGAUUUUACUUAUAUUAAUAAAUAUAUUUUUUUGUGUACAAUGUACAAAUAAUCGAUGUAAUAUAUAAUGUGUGCAUUC